AUGGCCACCACGCAGCCAGCGCUGAAGGAUUACGGCUACGAAGAUCUCAAGGUCAUUGGUCGAGGCCAGUAUGGAAAGGCGCAUUUGGUUCGCAGCGAGGGUGAUGAGCAGUAUUACAUCGCCAAGACAAUUGAUCUCACGUGUCUUUCGAGCAAGGAGCGGGAGACCGCAAAGCAAGAGGUGGCUCUUCUGAGCCGUCUGAAUCACCCGAACAUUGUCUCCUACAAAGACAACUUCUUCAUGGGUGCCAACCAGGAUACUCUUGUCAUCAUCAUGCAGUACUGCGAAGGAGGCGAUCUGGCUACUUAUAUCAAGGACAUGCUGAAAAAGAAGACCCGAAUCGAUGAGUAUCAGAUCAUGCAUUACUUCGUGCAGAUCCUGCAGGCCUUGCAGUACAUUCACGGCGAGCGGAUCCUACACAGAGACCUGAAAACGUCAAACCUCUUCCUCAUGAAGAGCAAGUCUGUCGUGAAGCUGGGAGACUUUGGCAUUUCAAGGGUCCUGGAAGGCUCGAUCGAGGCUGCAAUCACUGUGGUUGGAACUCCGUACUACAUGUCUCCGGAGGUGUGCGAAAACAAACCAUACACAUUCAAGAGUGAUGUCUGGUCUCUGGGAUGCUGCCUGUACGAACUUUGCAUGCUGAAGCACGCUUUUUCUGCCGACAACCUGCUAGGGCUUGUGUACAAGAUCGUCAGCGACAAGUACGAGCCCAUCCCAGAACGCUACACACCGCAGCUGAACACGCUUAUUCAGCGAAUGCUGGAGAAGACUGCAGAGCAGCGACCGAGUGUACGGGACCUUCUUGCCGAGGCGCGCCGCCUCGACCGCCAAGCUUUGCACCGGCGGAGGUGCAACGUGGGAUUCGGCCUGGCCUUGGGCUCAGACUCAGAGACAAAAGCCAGUGCGACAGACUGGACACAGCCUCAGAAACAGCUAGAGGAGGGCAACCUUUGGUUGUCCUCCAACUGCGCGGCUGCGCGGGCUUCAGAGACGCCCAAAGAGGCGGCUGCCCGACGCAAACGCGAGGCGGCAGACCGCAAGGCAGAGCAGAUGAAAAUGGCUGCGAAGCAGUCGAUGCACAACAAGACUGUUGCGAGGCAGAUGAGGGAAGCAGAGUUUCAGACUACCCUGGCCAGUGGUCUCGGUGCUGCUGCGACCAGCCCGAGCCCGCCAUCCCCUCCACCCGGGGGCUUUGGAGCCGGAGGACAUGCGGCGACCAGUGGGGUGAGUGCCAGUCCCAGCCCGACAGCUAGCCCGAUGCACUUCGACGAUGAAAUCGAUGAGGAUGAGCCUCUCGAAGAAAUCGACGAAAGUGAUUACUCCGAAGAGUACGAGGAUGACUUUGAGGAUGCACCGUAUUCUGAGGACGAGGAUGAACCUGUUAUGUCUGAUAUCGAGGAGGUCUACAUGGGCCCCGGCGCAGGUGCUCUGUCCAUCGUCCGUGAAGAGGAGGAUCUCUCAAGAGUGAUGAACAACUACGAGCAGGACCUGGCCAGAAACUCUGGCUCGGCCUCCCCUGCUCCUUCACCGACUCUUCAGCCGCGGAGGACGGGAAGCCUCGAUCGGAGCCCGGUACCUCCUCCGCCGGUUCCUGGCUCCGCGAUCAUGGAUAUGCGCUCUCGUGCCUCACGCUUGAAGGAAGAGCUGAUCUGCAAGAUGGGUCAGGAGACUUUCGAGAAGGCCUUCAACUUUCUAUACAAUGCCCGCAUGAAGAACGCUGAUCAGCGCAGCGUGAAGCGGGACCUCGAAGCACUGGUCGGUCGACAGGUCUACAAGGACUACUGCUUCGACGUGGACCAGCUCGUUUUUCAGCAGUUAACAUAUGGUGGAACCUGA